AUGGCCGAGAAGCGCAACAUCGAUGUCGCAGAGAUCGCCAUAAGCGACGAAAAGAUCGAGGUCACCGCUUUGGAUCUCUUGACCGACCAUGAGCGCGAACUCCUCGAACUCGAAGCCCGUCUUAAUGUCGAGCUCGACGCCAAGCUGGUGGCCAACCCCAACAAGAUGCCCAUGGCCUGUUAUUUCAUUUUGCCCAAUGAGUUUGGUGAGCGCUUCUGUUACUAUGGAGUCCAACCCAACUUGAACAAGUACUUCCGUCUGAUUACAGGAAUGGACAAGGUUCAGGCCAAGGUUUAUUCGACUGCUUUUACGAUGUUGGCGUAUUUCUUCCCCUUGCUGGGCGCUGCCUUGUCGGAUUCUUUUCUUGGCAAAUGGUGGACCAUUAUCUCCUUCUCUGCUGUCUACCUCGUCGGUAUGAUCAUGGUUACGGUCUUCGCCAUCCCCAACUUGAUCGGACCCGUCGGUAAGGUCUCCAACUUCUUGACCUUCCUCCCCAUGCUCAUCAUUGCUCUCGGUACCGGUGGUAUCAAGCCAUGCGUUUCUUCCCACGGUGGUGACCAGUACCUCCCCUCGCAGGAGGCCGGCAAGGAUCUCUUCUUCAACAUCUUCUACGUCUCCAUCAACGUCGGAGGUCUUUUGACCCAGUUCACCGUUCCCCUCAUUGCCGACAUGCCUUGCUACGGACAAGAGACCUGCUUUGCUGGCGCAUUCUUGCUUCCUACUAUUGUCUUUGCCUUGUCCUUUGCCGUCUUUGCUGCCGGACACAGAUUCUACCGUAUCGUCCCCCCACUGGGCGAAUUCUUACCCCUCAAGGCUAUCAAGGCUACGAUCCUCGCUGCCCGUCGUCACCGUACCGCCACCCCUGAAGAGCGCGCUGCCAAGGGUCACUGGCUCAACUUUGCCGAGGAGGAGUAUGGUGGUGUCUUCCUUGAGGAGGUCCGCGACUUCGGCCUCGUCUUGGUCCCUGUUGUCAUCCCCUUCUCUUUCUGCAAAAUGUUGUACAACCAAAACUCAAACGAAUGGUCCAACCAGUACUACCUCAUGAACGGUGCCUUGUUUGGAGGCAAUGACCCCGCCAAGACCUACGUCCAAAUGACCUCCUUCAGUAACAUCAACACAAUGCUCUUGGUCAUCCUCGUCCCCAUCCUGGCCUACAUUGUCUACCCCUUCUGCUACCGUCGCGGUUGGAACUUUAGCCCUCAGCGUCGUAUGGCUCUCGGUUUCUUCCUGGUCGUCGUCUCCUUUGCCCUCUCCGCCGGCCUGGCCCCCAUGGUUGAGAAAGCCUACCUCUCCUCUGGUCGCAAGAUGGAGGAUUCUACAAAGUACGACGGCAAGUACUGUAAAGAGUGCUACUCUGCCUGGUUGCAAUUUCCUCAAUGGUUCGUGCUCUCCCUCGGCGAGGCUUUCUUCUCCCCCACCGGUGUCCAAUUCACCUACAUCGAGGCUGGUCGUCAAUUCCGUGCUGUUUCGACAUCCUUCUGGUUGUUGGCCUCCUCGCUCGGUUCUAUUCUGAUCAUGAUCCUUGAGCCUGUCUUUGCCGAUGCUGGCUUGUCGAGCGGUACCAAGGGAUGGGCCUACUCUGGUAUUGGUCUCUUUGGAUUCUUCUUGUACUGCUUGACCUCGUACUACUACACCCCUCGCAAGCUUCGUACUUCCAUCAACGAGGCUGCUCGCUUGGCCAAGCAGGCCGAGAUGAGCUUGACCAAGCAGGCAUAA